ACACACACACACACACUUUAUCCACGCACACGCACACACACACACACUUUAUCCACGCACACGCCGCACGAUAACCGCUCACAUGAUUCCUGCUUUAGUGGCUCCGAUGUUGCCGGCAAGUGUGCGCCCCUCGCUCAUGGAGGCUGGCCGGGGGAGGAAGGACUUGACGGCCGCCUUAUGGAUCGACCUGCUCGGCUUCUUAACGAUCCGCUUGAAGAAGUUCCACGCGGACUGUUGUUAACGUCACUCCGACACCCGGACCGCCACUGCCGCCUCAGAGAGUAAGUGCGCCAUGAGGAGCGAUUAAUAUCCUCUGCAGCCGAGUGCCUCCUUCCUCGUGGGUUUUAAUGGACGUUAAGACAGGAAGUGGGACCACCCGGCUCCAUGGGGUUUGACAACGCCAGCAACCAGACGCUCCCCGGGGUCGCCCCCUUGAGCCUGCACAUCUCCUUGCCGCUCAGCGUGCUGGUGGGCGUCAUGAUCCUGCUGACGGUCUUUGGAAACGUACUGGUGGUGAUAGCGGUGUUCACCAGCCGGGCCCUGAGGGCGCCGCAGAACCUCUUCCUGGUGUCUCUGGCCUCGGCGGACAUACUGGUGGCCACCCUGGUGAUGCCCUUCUCCCUGGCCAACGAGCUGAUGGGAUAUUGGUACUUUGGCGAGGUGUGGUGUGAGAUCUAUCUGGCGCUCGACGUUCUUUUCUGCACCGCCUCCAUCGCGCACCUCUGCGCCAUCAGCCUGGACCGCUACUGGUCCAUCACGCAGGCUAUCGAGUACAACCUGAAGAGGACGCCGCGCCGCAUCAAGUGCAUCAUCUUCAUCGUUUGGGUGAUCGCGGCCGUCAUCUCCUUCCCGCCUCUCAUCACCAUGGAGAAGGAGGAGAGCAAGGCGGACCCGGUUUGCAAGAUCAAUAACGACAAGUGGUACGUCAUCUCCUCCUGCAUCGGCUCCUUCUUCGUCCCCUGCGUAAUCAUGGUGCUGGUCUACGUCAGGAUCUACCAGAUCGCCAAAAAGAGGACACGGGCGCCACCGGGGGACAGGAAGCGGAGGGAGAAGUCGCCCAUGGCGCCUUCGAACCAGAAGGAGAACGGCUCGGCUGCAGGCGAGGCCGAGAAGCUGAAGGAGCAGCAGGACAUCGAGCUGAAGGAAGGAGUCGGCGGCAAAGAGGGCGAGGUCAACGGCGUGGACAUAGAGGAGUCGUCCUCCUCCGACCACAAAGUCAAAAACCCCUGCUCCAUGAAGAAGAAGGCGGCCAAGGGGAGGAGCAAAAUCAAACCGGGAGACGGCGAAGUGCAGAAGAAGAGCACCAAGGGAAGUCGCUGGAAGGGGCGGCAGAACCGGGAGAAGCGCUUCACCUUCGUCCUGGCGGUGGUCAUCGGCGUCUUCGUCAUCUGCUGGUUCCCCUUCUUCUUCACGUACAUGCUGCAGACCCUGUGCGAGUCCUGCCCCGUGCCGGACACCCUCUUCAAGUUCUUCUUCUGGUUCGGCUAUUGCAACAGCGCGCUCAACCCCAUCAUCUACACCAUCUUCAACAACGACUUCCGCAGGUCCUUCAAGAAGAUCCUCUGCAGGAGGGACAUGAGACGAUACGGCUGACGGACCGCCGCGCUUGUAAAUACUGGUAUCUGCACAUCUUUCAUAUGCGUGUGAUCCGGGUGGGACUUGCUUGGAGAGCGUCGGCGUAGCGUUGAGUCAAUCUUUGGACUUCUCGGCCGGUCAGUAUUUUGGGCCACACUUUGAGAUAAAACAAAAGUCCCAGUCAUGUUUUUUUUGAAAGGGGUCUUAUGAUUUUUAAUCAAUAUCUAGAACAGUUCCUUGUGGUCUACAUCAGUGGUCCCCAACCACCAGGCCGUGGUUUGAUUGGUAAUAAUUUUUUAUUAAUUUAUUUUAUUUAUUUUUUUAAAUUAAAUCAACAUAAUGCAAAUAUAUUAUAUUAUAUUUUACAGUUAAAAUGCCAUCAAACAGUCAUACAAAUCCAGUUUCCAUAUGAGUUGGGAAAUUGUGUUAGAUGUAAAUAUAAACGGAAUACAAUGAUUUGCAAAUCCUUUUCAACCCAUAUUCAGUUGAAUGCACUACAAAGACAAGAUAUUUGAUGUUCAAACUCAGAAACUUAUUUUUUUUUUUGCAACUAAUAAUUAACUUAGAAUUUAAUAGCUGCAACACGUGCCAAAGUAGUUGGGAAAGGACAUGUUCACCACUGUGUUACAUCACCCUUUUCUUUUAACAACACUCAAUAAUAUAGCUCGGUUGGUAGAGCGACCGUGCUAGCAACUUGAGGGUUCCAGGUUCGAUCCCCGCGUCUGCCAUCCUAGUCACUGCCGUUGUGUCCUUGGGCAAGACACUUUACCCACCUGCUCCCAGUGACACCCACACUGGUUUAAAUGUAACUUAGAUAAUGGGUUUCACUAUGUAAAGUGCUUUGAGUCAUUAGAGAAAAGCGCUAUAUAUAUAUAAUUCACAAUUCACAAUAAACGUUUGGGAACUGAGGAAACUAAUUAUUGAAGCUUUGAAAGUGGAAUUCUUUACCAUUCUUGUUUUAUGUGGAGCUUCAGCCGUUCAACAUUUUACGCUUCAUAAUGCGCUGCACAUUUUCCAUGGGAGACAGGUCCGGACUGCAGGUGGGCCAGGAAAGUACCCACACUCUUUUACUACGAAGCCAGGCUGUUGUAACACUUGUCUUGCUGAAAUAAGCAGGAGCGUCCAUGAUAACGUUGCUUGGAUGACAACAUAUGUUGUUCCAAAACCUGUAUGUACCUUUCAGCAUUAAUGGUGCCUUCACAGAUGUGUAAGUUAGCCAUGCCUUGGGCACUAAUACACCCCCACACCAUCACAGAUGCUGGCUUUUGAACUUUGCGCCUACAACAAUUUGGAUGGUUAUUUUCCUCUUUGUUCUGGAGGACACACGUCCUCUUUUUCCAAAUAUAAUUUGAGAUGUGGACUCGUCAGACCACAGAACACCUUUCCACUUCGUAUCGGUCCAUCUUAGAUGAUCUCGGGCCCGGAGAAGCCGGCGGCAUUUCUGGAUGUUGUUGAUAAAUGGCUUUUGCUUUGCAUAGUAGAGUUUUAACUUGCACUUACAGAUGUAGCGACCAACUGUAGUUACUGACAGUGGUUUUAUGAAGUGUUCCUGAGCCCAUAUGAUGAUAUCCUUUACACACCGAUGUCGGUUUUUGAUGCAGUACGGCCUGAGGGAUCAAAAGUCCGUAAUAUCAUCGCUUACGUGCAGUGUUUUCUCCAGAUUCUCUGAACUUUUUGAUGAUUUCACGGACCGUAGAUGGUAAAAUCCCUAAAUUCCUUGCAAUAGCUUUUUGAGAAAUGUUGCUCAAAAACUAUUCGACAAUUAGCUUACAAAUUGGUGACUUGCGCCCCAUCCUUGUUUUUGAAUUACUUGGCAUUUAUGGUAAGCUGCUUUUAUACCCAAUCAUGGCACCCAACGGUUCCCGAUUAGCCUGCACACCUGUGGGAUGUUCCAUAUAAGUGUUUGAUGAGCAUUCCCCAACUUUAUCAGUAUUUAUUGCCACCUUUCCCAACUUCUUUGUCACGUGUUGCAGGCAUCAAAUUCUUAAGUUAAUGAUUAUUUGCAACAACAGAAAAAAUGUUUAUCAGUUUGAACAUCAAAUAUGUUGUCUUUGUAGCAUAUUCAACUGAAUAUGGGUUGAAAAGGAUUUGCAAAUCAUUGUAUUCUGUUUAUAUUUACAUCGAACACAAUUUCCCAACUCAUAUGGAAACGGGGUUUGUACUUAAAUCAACUUAAGAAACACAAGAUACACUUACAAUUAGUGCACCAACCCCCCAAAAAAACUCCCUUUUUCAUAACUCUAACCUUAACCGCGGGACAACUUAUCAAGCAUUGACCGGUUCGCAGCUACAAAAAGGUUGGGGACCGCUGGUCUACAUAACACGUACCGCAUCGAUUUUACAGACGAUCUUGAAGCCACUUUCUGACACCCUUUCAAAUGAGCCGUGUUGUGGGCGGUCUUAUUUAAGUGCCAAAGCCCUCCUCCAGGCCACGCCCCCUUCCUUCGACUUAGACAAACUUUAUUGGUCCACAAGGGAAAUUGUUCCACACAGUAGCUCACUUACAAAGGAUGCUGUUGUUAGCUGCACACUACCGACAAAUAUAAGCUAAAACUAUAAACUUUUUGUAUUUUUUAUUUUAGCACUCAGUCUGUCACGUAACAGAAGGCUAAAAGUAAGCGAAGGAGCAUCAGAACCGAGACGAUAAAGGCAUCUGGAAUGUUUGAUGUUAAUUUCCGUCCAUAAAGCUUCAAGUAUACAGGUUAAGUGUUAUUAUAUUGUCCAUUUUGAAAGGACUAUGUGCGUCCAUGCCGAAAGAUUACAAUAUAAGUAGUCUGUUUAUAUCUCAUCUACUUGGAGGCCGGUUGAGCUAACAAUGCUACGUCGCUAACGUAUUAUUACACGUGUUUUCAUCUAUGGCAGGGGUGUCAAACAUACGAACAGGUUUUACCGGCCCGCGGAAUGAGUUUGCUAAAUGUAUAAAAAUUAACCUGAAAUUUUUGAAUGAAAAAAAAAAAACGCUGUUCUAAAUGUGUCCACUAGAUGUCACAAUAGCAAUUCUUCUUCAUAUGUACAAAACAAAACACGCGAUGUUCGUACAUCAGUCGAGGAAACUGAUCAAACUACAUAAAUAACAUCCUGUAAUUAAUCUUGAUAGAUUGAAAAUUAACACCAAUGAGUUGACCGAUGAACAUUAUCACGUAAUUUAUUCGGAAAAUAUAAAUAACGACAAAUAAAGAUAGAAUACUAAGUGUAAAAAAAAAACAACCAAAAAGAUUAUGAUUUGUACAUUUUCAGAGUGUGCUUGUUGUAUUUUUAAACAAAGAUCUGAAGUUGUCUUUAUUUUGGAGUUAUCGUGCCGUGAUUUUACCAGUCCGGACCACUUGGGAGUAGAUUUUUUUUCUCCUUGUGGCCCCCCGAUCUAAAAUGAGAUUGACACCCCUGAUCUACGGUGACUGGACUUACAGCUUCAUUCUACCCACCGUUGCCAGGAAUUGUCGAAACCGUCUCCACGAUUCAAUGCCGUCUUGAGUACAGCUGUCUGUUUUUGUUAGGGCUACAACUGCAAAAAAUAAAAAUGGCGCACUCGUGCAGGUUUUCGGAUAAAUCUUUACCGAGAUAUCUGCUGAUGGAACUCAGGCUAAAUACUAAUUACCCCCCCCCCAAAAAAGGGGGAAAAAACAUUUCAAUAAUUUUGACAUAAAGUAAAAAAAAAAAAAAAUGCAGGACUAAAGAGGAUACCAAAAACAUAAAAAUAGGUACCAACGAGUAAGAAAAGUUGCAUAAUAUGACCCCUUUAAGAAUUACAGCUGGUCAACACACUCCAGGUGAAGGACAGCUAAUAGCAAUCGUCAUGACGAUGGAGACACUUAAAAAAAAAUGGGACACCCUGAGGACCGACGUCUUCUGCAGUGGACAUUAAUCUUUCACAUAACAGUACAGGCCAAAAGUUUGGACACACCUUCUCCUCAUUCAAUGCGUUUUAUUUAUUUUCAUGACUAUUUACAUUGUAGAUUGUCACUGAAGGCAUCAACACUAUGAAUGAACACAUGUGGAGUUAUGUACUUAACAAAAAAAGGUAAAACAUCUUCUUCCGCUUAUCCGAGGUCGGGUCGCGGGGGCAGCAGCCUAAGCAGGGAAACCCAGACUUCCCUCUCCCCAGCCACUUCGUCUAGCUCUUCCCGGAGGAUCCCGAGGCGUUCCCAGGCCAGCCGGGAGACAUAGUCUUCCCAACGUGUCCUGGGUCUUCGCCGUGGCCUCCUACCGGUUGGACGUGCCCUAAACACCUCCCUAGGGAGGCGUUCGGGUGGCAUCCUGACCAGAUGCCCGAACCACCUCAUCUGGCUCCUCUCGAUGUGAAGGAGCAGCGGCUUUACUUUGAGUUCCUCCCAGAUGGCAGAGCUUCUCACCCUAUCUCUAAGGGAGAGCCCCAAACUCAUUUCGGCCGCUUGUACCCGUGAUCUUAUCCUUUCGGUCAUGACCCAAAGCUCAUGACCAUAGGUGAGGAUGGGAACGUAGAUCGACCGGUAAAUUGAGAGCUUUGCCUUCCGGCUCAGCUCCUUCUUCACCACAACGGAUCGGUACAACGUCCGCAUUACUGAAGACGCCGCACCGAUCCGCCUGUCGAUCUCACGAUCCACUCUUCCCCCACUCGUGAACAAGACUCCUAGGUACUUGAACUCCUCCACUUGGGGCAGGGUCUCCACCCCAACCCGGAGAUGGCACUCCACCCUUUUCCGGGAGAGAACCAUGGACUCGGACUUGGAGGUGCUGAUUCUCAUUCCGGCCGCUUCACACUCGGCUGCAAACCGAUCCAGUGAGAGCUGAAGAUCCCGGUCAGAUGAAGCCAUCAGGACCACAUCAUCUGCAAAAAGCAGAGACCUAAUCCCGCGGCCACCAAACCGGAACCCCUCAACGCCUUGACUGCGCCUAGAAAUUCUGUCCAUAAAAGUUAUGAACAGAAUCGGUGACAAAGGACAGCCUUGGCGGAGUCCAACCCUCACUGGAAACGUGUCCGACUUACUGCCGGCAAUGCGGACCAAGCUCUGGCACUGAUCAUACAGGGAGCGGACCGCCACAAUAAGACAGUCCGAUACCCCAUACUCUCUGAGCACUCCCCACAGGACUUCCCGAGGGACACGGUCGAAUGCCUUCUCCAAGUCCACAAAGCACAUGUAGACUGGUUGGGCAAACUCCCAUGCACCCUCAAGAACCCUGCCGUUAGGGUUAGGGUUAACCCUAACCCUAAUCCUGGUCGUGGAACUGUGGACCAGCUCUAUAACUGAAAACAUGUUUUAUAUUUUAGUUUCUUCAAAAUAGCCACCGUUUGCUCUGAUUACUGCUUUGCACACUCUUGGCAUUCUCUCCAUGAGCUUCAAGAGGUAGUCACCUGAAAUGGUUUUCACUUCACAGGUGUCAUAGUUUUGAUGCCUUCAGUGACAAUCUACAAUGUAAAUAGUCAUGAAAAUAAAGAAAAUGCAUUGAAUGAGAAGAUGUAUCCAAACUUUCGGCCUGUACUGCAUAAUAACCUGACAGGGUGUACCCCGCGUACCGCCCGAAUGCAGCUGAGAUAGGCUCCAGCACCCCCCGCCACCCCAAAGGGGACAAGCGGUAGAAAAUGGAUGGAGUAGAAAAAGAGCAGGGGUCGGCAACCCGCGGCUCUUCGACCACUCUGAUGUGGCUCAGCCGCAUACCUGCCGACCGCCCAGGGAAAUCCGGUAGAGUUCCAAAUUUUAGUGUCUCUAUCAGAAAUCGCCCGUGUAAACAUUUUUCGAUUUUCACCCAGACAUCACCUUUGAGGGCGUGCCGUGAUGCCAAUGCCUCUUAAAACUUUCUCUACAUGUCAUCACACCAGAAUUUUCACCAUGCUAUCUCCGUCACAUUUUGGAUGCGACCUCUAUCUGAGCGCAUACUUGUUCAUCAGCCAUACAGGUCACACUGAGGGCUGUGAUGUAAACAACUUUGGCACUCUUACUAAUAUGCGCCACACUGUGAACCCACACCAAACAAGAAUGAUUAUCACAUUUCAGGAGAACAUCCGCACUAUAACCCAACAUAAACACGACAGAACAAAUACCCAGAAUACCCAGCUACCACCAACCCAACACCGCCCACCUCAACCGACGCACGGAGGGGUGGCGGGGUUGGUGGUAGCUGGGUAUUCUGGGUAUUUGUUCUGUCGUGUUUAUGUUGGGUUAUCAAUCAAUCAAUCAAUCAAUGUUUACUUAUAUAGCCCUAAAUCACUAGUGUCUCAAAGGGCUGCACAAACCACUAGGACAUCCUCGGUAGGCCCACAUAAGGGCAAGGAAAACUCACACCCAGUGGGACGUCGGUGACAAUGAUGACUAUGAGAACCUUGGAGAGGAGGAAAGCAAUGGAUGUCGAGCGGGUCCAACAUGAUACUGUGAAAGUUCAAUCCAUAAUGGAUCCAACACAGUCGCGAGAGUCCAGUCCAAAGCGGAUCCAACACAGCAGCGAGAGUCCCGUUCACAGCGGAGCCAGCAGGAAACCAUCCCAAGCGGAGGCGGAUCAGCAGCGCAGAGAUGUCCCCAGCCGAUACACAGGCAAGCAGUACAUGGCCACUGGAUCGGACCGGACCCCCUCCACAAGGGAGAGUGGGACAUAGAAGAGAAUGUUAUAGUGUGGAUGUUCUCCUGAAAUGUGUUUGUCAUUCUUGUUUGGUGUGGGUUCACAGUGUGGCGCAUAUUAGUAAGCGUGCUAAAGUUGUUUAAACGGCCAUCCUCAGUGUGACCUGUAUGGCUGUUGAAUAAGCACGCCUUGCAGUCUCUUACGUAUGUCUGCAAAAGCCUGGUAAAACAUUUCUUUGGGCUGGCAAGCUAUUUUUACAAGCUGUAGAGGGCGCUAGCGGUAGUGCCAUCAUUGUACGCCCUUAUUUUUGUUAAAUGGGUAAACACCAGCGGACAUUUGAGGGAAUAAUUACUCUGAAAUUUGGAAGUCUCCCGGGAAAAUUGGGAGGGUCGGCAGGUGUGACGCUGUCGAGUGGCAUUCAUAUAAAAUUCGCGGGCCGCACUAACAUUUCAUUUUCAUAUUAAGGGUCUGAGACCCUUGGUUUAUACAUAGCACAAAGCAGAAAAAAACUCUGUAUGCAGUAUUAUUUCAUCAUGUGGCUCCCAUUGUUUUCUUUACUUUGUGAAACGGGUCAAAAUGGCUCUUUGAGUGGUAAAGGUUGCCGACCCCUGAAAUAGAGCAACAACACAUCUCCCGUCCAAAGGCAAAACCUAGUAACUCACUUCUAGCUGUUUUUUUUCAGAAAACAAAGGAAAAUCAAUCUAUCUUGAUGCUGUCUUACAAAAGAUCUACAAAGUCAUCAAAGGUAUAGAUGUUUUCUUCAGCUUUCAUUUUCUUGCCGAUUGAGCCAUGGAUUGAAUCUGCUCUCAUGAACGUGUGCCCUUUCUCCAGAUAUUUUAUCACAAUCUCGGGUGGGCCCCAUUCUGCGUCCAGUUUUUAUUUUGACCUCCACAGUUAUCCGCCCAAAAGAGUAUGCAAGGGGAAGAAUCAAGAACAAUACAUUUAAUGAAGGUGCUCGCAACGUCGAACCACGGACUCGGACUUGGAGGUGUUGAUUCCCUGUCGGCUUUAUUAUAAGAAAAUGGAAGAGUUUGGGAACAACAGCAACUCAGCCACCAAGUGGUAGGCCACGUAUACUGGCACAGAGGGGUCAGCGGAUGCUGAAGUGCAUAGUGCAAAUACAGUCAGUUGCUAAAGAGCUCCAAACUUCAUGUCUCCCGUCCAAAGGCAAAACCUAGUAACUCACUUCUAGCUGAUUUUGAGAAAACAAAGGAAAACCAAUCUAUCUUGAUGCUGUCUUACAAAGAUCUACAAAGUCAUCAAACGUAUAGAUGUUUUCUUGAACUUUCAUUUUCUUGCCGAUUGAGCCAUGGAUUGAAUCUGCUCUCAUGAACGUGUGCCCUUUCUCCAGAUAUUUUAUCACAAUCUCGGGUGGGCCCCCAUUCUGCGUUUGCACAUUCUGCGUCCAGUUUUUAUUUUGACCUCCACAGUUAUCUGCCCAAAAGAGUAUGCAAGGGGAAGAAUCAAGAACAAUACAUUUAAUGAAGGUGCUCGCAACGUCCUGGGCCAAUCUUCCAAAUAUCCCCUCGUGCCAUAAUAUCACAUAAUCAGGUUGACCGUCGGCCCCCAUUCGUGCAAAUGUCUCAUUAACGACAAUAAGGCGACUGACAAAGAAGCUCCGAUGGGUCCCUUGAGAUACUAGGUUUUUCUGUUGUAUCUACGCGGUUAUGUGGUAGUUGCUAGGUAACAGCUUACUUACGGAACAAGUUACAAUAUCGCAUACACUAAUGUAAAGCAUAUCACCUAGGAACUCCAAAAUUUUUAUCAGCUCAGUUUUGACCAAAAUUUAGUUACUGGGUUUUGCCUUUGGACGGGAGUGCUUUUAUCGGAGCUUUUAGAUGCAAGUUGACAUAAUCCGAUAACGGCCCCACGUCCGACAUCAAUAUCGGAUCAGGACACUUAUUACAUGCACACCCGAGUCCAAUACAAGUACUGGAACAAAAAACAAAACAAACCAAAAAAGUUUAUCAGCUCAGUUUUGACCAAAAUUGAGUUACUGGGUUUUGCCUUUGGACGGGAGAAAUGUCCACUGUACAUGGAGUUGCAAAUAUGAUUUUCUUUUUUUUUUUUUUUUGAAAUGAUGCUCACUAUGACUGUAUAUUACUUUGUGUCAUGCCUUGAAAUGCUGCAUCCCCUCAAACAUUGCAGGGUGGGGGUACCCACCUCCACCCCCCCAUCCCGCCACGUUUCAUGCCACAGUCUGAGAGGCUUUUACAAAACGAGCUUCACACGCGCCAUUAGCUCCAUUUCUUUGAAUUUGAAAAAAAAAAAAAAAAAAAAAACUAUCUCUGACAGCUUCAACACGGAGCCCAAUAACACUCAGCAGUAAUUGUAUUUGUACAUUGAUGUUUUUUUUUUUUUUUUUUGAUUUUUUUUUUUAUAUAUAUAAUUAGGUGGAUGGCAUUUCUCUUAUUUCACUUCCGCCUCAUUAUUGUCAUGGAUACUGAAUUGUGCCAUUUUGUACAAUAUGAACAUUGGUUGCAAUGGUGUUAACAAUGGUGAUCAAAAUACGGGGGAAAAUAAAAACCCAUAUCCAGAGCAGAUUGUAUUAUCAA